AUUAUAUCAGAAUGGGAGCAUAAAACAUAAACAGCAAAAGUAUAUGAAUGAAUGAGUGUGGAUAGAUUUCUUUUCAUGGUUCUUUCCCCGCAGGAUCAGAGAUUGGUGGCGUUAUUACCUUCUUCUUUUUCUCUCGCUUGCUGUUCUGGGCACUGUGAUUUCGCUUUCCAGCGUGGGUUGAUUUGAAUUUGACGACGACGGAGGAGGAGGAGGAGGUCAUGGAUUUUGAGGAGCAAGAGGAGGAACUGGGGAUGGGACCCGCAGGGAGUUACGACUCGAUGGGGAACCCGACCCGGGUGAAAAUGGCGAGUGGCGGAGAAGUGAUGGUGGUUCAGCCUUUGAGGAAUAGUAAUAAUAAGGCAAGGUAUAGGGAGUGCUUGAAGAACCACGCCGUGAGCAUCGGCGGCCACGCGCUCGACGGCUGCGGCGAGUUCCUCCCAGCCGGAGCGGAAGGCACGAUGGACGCCCUCAAAUGUGCCGCCUGUAACUGCCACCGCAAUUUCCACCGCAAAGAAACGGACACGAUCAGUAUCGGAGUCGGGGAACCGUAUUUGUUGACCAACCAUCCCCAUCUCCACCAUCACCAGCCACCUCAGUUCUCGCCGUAUUACCGGGCCGCGCCGGCGGGGUAUUUGCACGUGGGAGCACAGCAAAGGGGGCCGGCGACGCUGGCGCUGCCGUCAACGUCAGGAGCAGGGUGUGGGAUCCAGAGCACAAGGGACGAUCAGGAGGACGUUUCAAAUCCGAGUGCAGGAGGAGGGGAGGGCUCGAAGAAGAGGUACAGGACCAAGUUCACGCAGGAACAAAAGGACAAAAUGCUGGCUUUGGCUGAGAGACUGGGUUGGAGGAUUCAGAAACACGACGAGUCGGUGGUCCAACAGUUCUGUGACGAGACGGGUGUGAGGCGUCACGUUCUCAAGGUUUGGAUGCAUAACAACAAGCACACCCUUGGUAAGAAGCCCUAGACAAGAUGCACUACAAAAUGUUCUCUCCCUCUUCUCCAUGCCUCUAUCUUCGUAACUCUCUUCUCUUACUUCUUGAGCUGCAAAAUGAGGUAUAUUGGGUUGGUACUUCCUGGUUUGAAGGCCGAGUUUGAAACUGGGAAAUUGUGUUUCUGACUGUCUUCUGAGAAGUCUAGCACUAGCUAUCAGGACCUUAGGGUUUCUUUCUUCUUUUCUCUUUCUUCUUCAUCCUCAUCUUCCGUUUUUUAUUUUUCAAACAUUGGGGAAAUCAGUGGGGCUGUAUUCCUUUGAAUUGUGUUGGUAUUUGAAAAUGAAGGCGCGUACUGUUCCACUA